AGUCCGGCUAGCCGCACUGACACUCAAAACCUGUGAUCAUGACAGUGCUAAAGUAGGCAUUUGAACAUUUUUACAAUGAGUUACAUACUGUUUAUAGCCUUCCUGGCCCCUUGUUUUGUAAAUUGCGCCGUUCAAUCAAGAACUACUCGGGAGGAGAGACAGAAAGAGGACCCGGAGCUCGGCGCUCUGAGCUCCGUCCUGUCAGACUUUGAGGUGGUGCCGUGGUCGGGCCUGCAGCUGCACUCGGUGAGGAAGAGGGAGGUCCACGCCCAGUCGCACCUGGAGCGCCUGGUCAGCUUCACAGCCCUGCACAGACAUUUCAAGCUUUACUUGACCACUAACACCGACCUGUUUACUGAGAACUUCAAGGCUGUGUUCGUUGAUAAACAAGGGAGGGAGGAGAACUACGAUGUUCAGCUGCAGAACUACUUUACCGGACAUGUUGUUGGAGAGGAGAAUUCCCGUGUGCAGGCACACAUAGACGGAGAUGAGUUCUCUGCCCACAUCUUGACGGAUGAAGCAGAGUACAACGUAGAGCCUUUGUGGAGGUUAAUAGAUAGUCCACCUGAUGGCCGGGUGCUGGUUUAUCGCUCUGAGGACAUCAAGAAUCUCAGCCGCAUUGCUUCUCCAAAGGUGUGUGGCUACGUCAACGCAGGGGCUGAGCAGCUGCUGCCAGAGACCGCCAGGAUGGAUUGGGAGGGACAGGAAGAGGAAAAAGAGCCCCACCACAGACAGAAGAGACAGGCCCACAAUCACAAAAAGAACACCUGCCCCCUGCUGCUGGUUGCAGACUACCGCUUCUUCAAACACAUGGGUCGAGGAGAGGAGAGCGUUACACUGAACUACCUGAUUGAGCUGAUUGAUCGAGUGGAUGACAUUUACAGGAACACUACCUGGGACGAUGAAUUCAAAGGCUACGGAGUCCAGAUCCAUCAGAUCAUCAUCAACAAGGAGCCCACCAAGCCUCCCCCCGGCCAUUCAGGUGCCGGCUGGGUCCACUACAACAUGAAGAACAGCCCGGUGAGAGGCAAGGAGGUCUGGGAUGUCAAGAAACUCCUGGAGCAAUUCAGCUCAGACAUCGCUGACAACGCCUCCACCGUGUGCCUCGCCCACCUGUUCACCUACCAGGAUUUUGAUGAGGGGACACUCGGCCUGGCCUAUGUGGCCCCUUCCAAACCCAUGGCCCUUGGGGGCCUUUGCCCCAGACCGUACUACCCAUCUCACUCUGUCAGGAAGCCCACUUACCUCAACACAGGUUUGACCAGCACCCAGAACUAUGGGAAAACCAUUCUAACCAAGGAAGCAGAUUUGGUGACAACCCAUGAGCUGGGCCACAACUUUGGAGCAGAGCAUGACCCUGAUAACAUCCCACACUGUGCACCCAGUGACGACGACGGGGGCAAGUUUGUCAUGUACCCAAUUGCUGUGAGUGGAGACCACGUCAACAACAAGCGUUUCUCCAACUGCAGCAAGAUCUCCAUCGGGAAGACAUUGCGUUUCAAAGCUCCUGUGUGCUUCAAGGAGAGGAACAGCAAAGUAUGCGGGAACUCCCGGGUGGAGGAGGGGGAGGAGUGUGAUCCUGGGCUGCUCCACCUCAACGAUGACCCCUGCUGCACAGCAGACUGCAGGUUCAAACCAGGCUCCCAGUGCAGUGACAGGAACAGCCCGUGCUGCAGGAAGUGCAUGUUUGAGCGGGCAGGGAAGAGGUGCCAAGAGCCCAUCAGUGCUACCUGUAAAGGCAUGUCCAGCUGCACAGGCAACAGCAGUGAGUGUCCUCCUCCUGAAAACGCCCCUGACGGCACCAUCUGUGUCGACAGUGGCCUGUGUCGCGAUGGGGAGUGCAACCCCUUCUGUGAGGCCACACAAAACCUUCAGUCCUGUGCCUGCAACGAAACCGAGGACUCCUGUAAAGUGUGCUGCAGGGGCAAAGAUGGCACCUGUUCUCCUUUCAUCAAGUCCGAAGGCACUUUUCUCUUUCUACGCAAGGGCAAACCCUGCACUGUGGGCUUCUGUGACGAGGGCGGGAAGUGCAUGAAGCAAGUGCAGGAUGUGAUCGAAAGGCUGUGGGAUUUCAUUGACAAGCUGGACAUAAACACAUUUGGCAAGUUCCUGGCAGACAACAUAGUGGGCUCAGUCGUUGUGUUCUCCCUCAUCUUCUGGAUUCCCCUCAGUAUCCUGGUUCACUGCGUGGACAAACGCCUGGACCAGCAGUAUGAGGAGAACACCAAGUCCUUCUACUACCCUCCCAGUAGUCAAGAAAUGCUGAGCGGCCUCGAGUCAGCAUCCGUGCGCAUCGUCAAGCCUCCACUACCUCCCUCCUCCUUCGCCGGCCGGACCGCGCCCUCCUCCCUGCCUCCACCACACCAGCAGCCAGGGCCACCACCUGCGGGCAGCAGCAGCAGCAGCAGCAGUACCCCGGUCCCAGGCACGAGCUGCGGCCCCACCCCGGCCAGCGGAGGGGUGCGGAUGGCCACCAUCCAGGAGGACAACAGCAGCGACUCUCACCUGGGAGAGGAGGGGCUGUCGGAGGAAGAUUUAACAACCGGAGGAGCCUACUCGUCGGCUACGAAAUCCUCCUACGAGGAUCUGACAGAACAGAGCCUGUCGGCCCGGGACCGGCGCCGCCUCAAGAGACAGGCCUGCAUUGACACUAAAGAGACGGAGUGCUGAGUGAACACCCCCUGAUGUGUUUAGUGAACGUAUAAAGCAUUACAUGCAUUCUUCUCAUCGACAAACAGAGCAUUCAUUCAAAGGUAAUGUAAUAUAUGUCACAUGAACUGAGGACCAGAUUUCAGGCAAUACUUGAUGUGAAUAUUAUUUGGUGAGCUGUAAGAUGUGGAUUCAACGACCAGUACAGAUGCUGCAUGAGUAGUCUUGUAAUGCCAGUGACUGCAGUCCAGAAUAGCUACUGAGUGAUGUCGUGUCGUGACGUGUGUAGGGAUGAAAAUGCGCUUAGCUUUUUUUUUUUUUUUUAUGUUAAAGCACUAGAAAUGGUCCUUGAUUAGAUGAACCCUAGAAAAUUAGUCUGUGGAAGUUAAUCUAGGUGAGUGAUAUGCCACGGGCUGGUCCCCGGCCUAGUGUAUCUCGAAGCUAAAUGAUCUUUCCUCUGUUUUUACGUCAUGGUUAAAUAUGAUCCUAGUUUUCCUUAACCAAACAAGUCCAGAGACCAGCAAAGUUGAUCUAGUAGCGCUGUCUGUUUUGCUGUCGACAUGAAUCAGAAGUGAAGAAAUCCUCAUUUAAUUUCUCAGUCUUGACACCCUCCCGUCUCCCAAAUGAUUAUCAUUAUUGGUAAACUAUUGGGCUGCAGACUAAUUGAACUUUAACUUGAGUAAAGAUGGUUAUAUCCUUUAUUUGUGUCAUAACUGCACUUAAAAGUAUUGUUCAUAUCAUUGAAUGAUGAACUGCAUUUUUUUUAAAUGUACAUACGGCGCUUUGUGUCAUCAAUACCUUUUUCUGGUUAAAAUUACAGGCUUGUGCAACAUUUGCGACCAUUGUACCUUUAGUUGUUAAGUUUUAAUACUGUAUAAGGAACAAGUAAUAAUAGCCUGUCCAGUAUUAAAUUUAGUUUGUGUGAGUAAAACUACUUUGAAAAGUAAGGGAUCAUAAGAGAAAGUUGUCAUUAUGGUUUGAUGAUAGCUGUCAUGUGUUCUACCUGUCCAUUUUCACCUCCAGUUUACUGUAGUGCCUUGUCGAAUUUGUGCCUGAACUGUUUCCUUGCUUACUUCUCUCUGUACUGAAAGCUGAGGAAACUUCCCAAUCGAUGAAGUGGAAUCUGGCCAUCCUGAAUUACUUUGCGAUUUUUCAGAGAUGGUCAAAUGUAAUUUCUCCUGAUACCCCUGCCACUUGGUUUUUGUUCUGUGUGCCAAUUUGAGCCGUGCAUCUCCCUUCCUUAUUUAAUGCUUUGUCACCACUGUUGCCUGUGUAAAAAUGUCUCUCAUAUGUCAA